AUGACGUCGCCGCCCCCCGCAGGUUUCGCGUUCCCCGAGUGGGCGUACAAGGCGGAGUCGAGCCCCGGCUCGCGGCAGAUCCAGCUGUGGCACUUCAUCCUGGAGCUGCUGCGGCAGGAGCGCUACCGCGAGGUCAUCGCCUGGCAGGGCGACUACGGCGAGUUCGUCAUCAAGGACCCCGACGAGGUGGCGCGCCUCUGGGGCGUGCGCAAGUGCAAGCCGCACAUGAACUACGACAAGCUCAGCCGCGCCCUCCGGUAUUACUACAACAAGCGGAUCCUGCACAAGACCAAAGGGAAACGAUUCACCUACAAAUUCAACUUCAACAAACUGGUGCUGGUCAACUGUGCCACCACUGACUGUCACCCUCUCCAGCUGCCACCACUGACCGCCACCCCUCUCCAGCUGCCACCACUGACCGCCACCCCUCUCCAGCUGCCACCACUGACCAUCACCCUCUCCAGGUGCCACCACUGGACCGUGACCCUCUCCAGCUCCACCACUGACCGCCACCUUCUCCAGGUGCCACCACUGACCGUCACCCUCUCCAGGUGCCACCACUGA